AUGCCUCAAUCUUUACACUCUGAGAGUAGCGAAUACACUACAGGAAGAGACCAGAUGGAAGCAAUUGCAGUUGUAGGAAUGUCAGUCAAAUUUCCCGAGGAAGCUACGUCUUCUGAGGGGUUUUGGAACAUGAUCAUGCAAAAACAAUGUGCUUCCAAGCCAUUCCCGGAAGACCGUAUUAACAUCAAUGGAAUCUAUCAUCCCGAUGCAACAAGACAUGAUACUAUUGCUCUCCAAGGAGGACAUUUCUUAAAUGAAGAUCCCACUGCUUUUGAUGCCCCAUUUUUCACCAUUUCCCCAACAGAGGCUGCAUCAAUGGAUCCCCAGCAAAGGCUCCUCUUAGAGGUCACUUAUAGGGCUGCUGAGAAUGCCGGUAUAUCCAUGCAAAAGCUUGCAGGAUCUGACACUUCUGUCUUCACCGGGUGUUUCACAGAUGAUUACAAAACUUUAUAUCAGAAAGAUGUAUACAAUACCGCCAGCUAUGCUGCAACCGGUAUCACAACGACUUUAAACGCCAACAGAAUCAGUUGGUUUUUUAACACUUUGGGCACCAGUGUCAAUAUAGACACUGCAUGUUCUAGCAGUCUUGUUGCUCUAGAUCUUGCUUGUCAAAGCUUGCGCUCCGGGGAAUCUAAGCUCAGUAUCGCUGGCGGUGCAAAUCUAAUCUUAGCAGCUGAUCUGUUCUACAUCCUAUCUGACAUGAACAUGUUAUCGACAGAUAGUCGAUGUUGGAGUUUUGACGAACGCGGAAAUGGCUACGCUAGGGGCGAAGGCGUUGGAAUUCUCAUUCUUAAGAGAGUCAUCGAUGCCAUUAAAGACGGCGAUACCAUACGCGCAGUGAUUAGGUCUACAGGGUCCAAUCAUGAUGGAUUCACACCAGGUAUCACGCAGCCCAAUCAAAAAUCACAGGAACUUCUAAUCAGAGAUUGCUACGCCAAAGCGGGUCUAAACCUAAAUCGCACAGGAUAUUUUGAAGCUCAUGGCACGGGUACACCGGUCGGCGAUCCAAUAGAGGCGAACGCUUUAGGAAAUGUAUUUCGCAAUGGUCGAGACAAAAGCAACCCUCUACAUGUUGGUGCUGUAAAAUCCAAUAUAGGACACUUGGAAGGCGCAAGUGGUAUUGCGGGCGUCGUGAAAACCAUAUUAGCUCUUGAAAAAGGCAUUAUUCCCCCAAACACGAAUUUCCAUACCGUUAAUCCCAGGAUUGAUAGCGAUUUUCUCAGGAUCAAGUUUCCCACAUCUGCAUGUCUCUGGCCAACCCCAGGCCUGCGACGAGCUUCAGUCAAUUCGUUCGGUUUUGGAGGUUCCAACGCUCAUGCAAUAAUAGACGAUGCAUUGCAUUAUUUGCGUGAACAUAAAUUGGCUGGCUUUCAUUAUACCACGGAAAGUCCGUCAUUCCCAAAACACUUAUCCAAUGAUGAUGUCAUUCGUCCCGAUCCUAUCACAAACGAUAAUGAAGUUUCUGAACUUAACGACACAGAAUCAGUGCUAGAAAAGAGAAACGCGCUACCAAAACUCUUAGUCUUCUCUGCGGCAGAUGAACAUGGAGUAGACCGCAUCAUGAAUGCUUACUCAAAGCAUUUCUCCUCUCUAUCUCUUCAUGAGCAAGGCUUGGUAGCAGAGAAGGAAUAUUUGCAGAACUUGGCCCAUACUCUCAACUCAAGGAGAAGCUUACUCGCAUGGAAGUCAUUUGCGAUUUGUCGUUCAUUGAAAGACAUCAUAAAGGCGCAGGAUUCUAUACCAGCACCUCUUAAAUCUAUUGGAUCCCCAAAAUUGGCUUUCAUAUUUACCGGUCAGGGAGCUCAGUGGGUUGGCAUGGGUAAAGAACUGCUUGUAUAUCAGAGUUUAAGACGUAGUAUCGAAGAGGCAAAUAUUUUUUUGCAGUCGCUGGGGUGCACGUGGAAAUUGCUAGAUGUUCUUCUCGGAUCAUCUGACUCAAUUGCCAUUGACCACCCUUUGGCCAGCCAGACGCUUUGCACAGUGCUACAGAUCGCACUUGUUGAUCUUCUCAAUAAUUUUGACAUUCGGCCAAGUGCUGUGAUAGGACAUUCCUCUGGUGAAAUUGCCGCAGCAUACUGUGCCGGUGCUUUGUCUCGUCAAUCUGCCUGGAAAGUGGCAUACAUGCGAGGUUUUUGGACCUCUCAGCUUCUCAAACGCCCUGGAACUCGGGGGGCUAUGGCAUCUGUUCGGCUAUCACAGAGUCGUGUCAGUGAAAUUCUAAGCAAAAUGCCUAGAACCGCAAAUCCUCUUGUCAUCGCUUGCUAUAAUAGUCCGAUCAAUGUCACAGUUUCCGGAGAAGAGGUGCAAAUAGACGCUCUCAUUUCUGAACUGAUGCGAAAGAAGAUCUUCUGCCGCAAACUUAGGGUCAACGUAGCCUAUCACUCACCUCAGAUGAAUGAACUUUCUGUGGAAUACAUCAAGUCUAUAGAUAAUAUAGUACCCGGGACCGCAAAGGUAGCAGGCCCAACCGUGAUCUCUACUGUCACAGGGGAGAGAAUCACCAUCGAGGAUUUGAGUAAGCCAGACUAUUGGGCAAGAAAUAUGGUGUCUCCAGUUCAGUUCGUCCAAGCAGUGGAGCAUAUUUGCGCAAGAAAUGUUCGAAAGAAACUCGACGGAAGUCAUUUGAACAACCUACAGAUAGAUGCUUGUCUGGAAAUUGGGCCACACUCCACGCUGUCUGGACCCGUAAGAGAAGUAGCAAUUUCCCGGGAUCGCGUACUUGUUUACCUCGGAACAGUACAAAGACAUCGUUCUGCCCUUGAAACAGUCAUGGAAAGCGCUGGUAGACUUUGGUGCCUUGGGUAUAAUGUGAAUAUCCAACGCAUCAACGAAGAUAGCGACGAGGAUCCUCGUGGUAGUUACAUGUCUCUCUGUGAUCUACCUGAGUAUCCAUUCGAUCAUUUCAAGACUUAUUUACACGAAAGCCGAAUAAGCAAGGGGCAUAGACUACGCUCGCAGCCAAAGCUAGAUCUUUUAGGGAGAACGGUCGCUGAUUGGAACCCGAUGGAAGCCAAAUGGUCUAAUUUUAUCAAGCUGUCCGAGCUUCCAUGGGCAGAUGAUCACAAGAUUAAUGGUCUUAUAUUAUACCCAGGUGCCGGAAUGCUAGUCAUGGCCAUUGAAGCUAUGAAGCAGCUUGCAGAGGGAAAUGAUCAAUCUAUUGCCGGGUUUGAGCUACGAGAUGUCAAGCUCAUGUCAGCCUUGGUAAUUCCGGUCACGUCCACUGGAGUUGAAGUAAGUUUUGUAGCUCGACAAAGCCAGGGUUCCAGCAACAAAGAGAUCAAUUGGGCAGAUUUCAGACUAUAUGCCUACAUAGACAACGAAUGGGUAGAGGUCUGCAGUGGCCUAGCCCGUAUAGAUCCAGGCGUGGUGGCAUCUGAACUUCACAGUGAGAGAGAACACGCACAGAUUCGACUCUACGAAGUGGAGCAAUUCAGAAACCUAGUUAGUCAGUGCAGGAACGAUGUUGAUACUGAUUUUCUGUACAAGUUUUGCAAGUCCUGUGGAUUCGAUUAUGGACCUUCGUUUCAGGUUUUGACGAACGCGAGAUAUACAGAUGUUGUGUCGACAGCUGAUAUAAAGACAUUCAAAUGGGAGGGAGCUGGAGGCGUCAAUCAACCACAGCCACAUGUGAUACAUCCUUGUACCCUUGACGGGCUUCUGCAACUCGCAAUGGUCACAUAUACCUCGGGAGGAACAGUCAAAGCAAACACGCUUGUACCGACACUGAUAAGAAAAAUGUGGGUCUCCAAGUCCGGGCUCGCUUGGCCGGCAACAGAGAAAAUUCAGGGUACAUCCCAAAUAGCCACUGCCGAUAAUCGAGGGAUUGAAGUCGAUAUUUCUGCCAUGUGUGCAAGUGAAGUCUUAUGCGCUAAGCUUGAAGGCGUUCGAAUGACCUUCAUCACAGGAACAUCAUCUUCUGAAGACCUGAUGCCAGAAAAGCAUAAUCUCUGGAAUCUAACAUGGAAGCCGGACCCGGAGUUACUAGAUGCUUCCGAUCGCGGACGAGUCGAGGCACUCUGUAAGAAAGAUCUGAAUUAUGACCUCAAAGAUCUUGAGCAGUCAACGUUCCUAGAAGAUCUGAGUUUCCUGUGCUAUGCAUUUCUAUAUAGACUCUUCAAGAAAGUAGAAAACGCAGGGCUCACUCAGACCAAGCUACCGCCUCAUUUGAAGAGUUACCUCAAGUGGGCAGAUUGGCAACUUCUCAGGCACCAGAAUAAGAUUUUGCAGCUGGAGCAUUCCGGAAUAUCAUGGUCAACGCUGGCUUUGGAUGACGAUCAUUUUGAACGCAUGUGUUCAUCAGUUGAAAAUCUCAAUGCACAAGGCAAAAUGACUGUCACCGUGGGUAGGAAUCUUCUGGGUAUAUUUCGUUCCCAAGUAGAUGUUAUUGAGCUCCUCUUCCCAUCAGGCAUUUUGGAACAAUUCUAUCAAGAGCUCAGUAGCACAGAUCUGUCAUUUAAAGCCCUCGAUCAGUAUCUUGGUAUGUAUAAACACAAGUAUCCACACUUACGAUAUCUGGAGAUUGGUGCCGGCACUGGAGGGUCGACUGGAAAUAUUCUCCGUACCUUGAUUGAUCAUGGAGACCCAUCAACCGCACCGAAACUAUACACCGAUUACACAAUCACUGAUAUCUCAGAGUCAUUUUUCGAGAAAGCAAAGACCAAGUUUCUAGACUACCAGAACAUUAUAUACAAAAGACUUAACAUUGAGGUAUCCCCGGCAGAUCAAGGAUUUGUUCACGAAGCAUAUGAUGUUAUUAUCGCAGCCAACGUCGUACAUGCGACUAGUAACCUAGAUAUCACUCUCAAGAAUAUAAAUGAAUUGCUCCGUCCCGGUGGCAAACUCAUUUUGUAUGAAAUCACGAAUCCAGACAUACUUCGGAGCUCUUUCACGAUGGGACUUCUUCCCGGAUGGUGGUUAAGUGAAGAGGAGUAUCGAUCAAGAGGGCCAUGCUUAUCUGUCGACCGAUGGCACACAGUGCUAAGUGAGAAUGGGUUCACGGGCAUUGAUUUCGCGUUUCAUGACCAUGAGAAUAAAGCUUUACAUGAGCUUAGUAUAUUAGUCUCAACAAAAAUAGACCCUGUCACUACUCUAACAAACACUCCAUGCCCUCUAAUCGUCGCUGAUACAGACGUAGUGGCGCAGGAAAGAUUUGCAGCGGAGCUAGAAGGCUGUUUUAGAACUGGCAAUAGCGAACUGCCAGGAGCCCACAUAGUAGAUCUCAUGGGUGCCACAUCAAGUUUUGAAGGUAAUUUCGGAUCUGUGAUUUUAUUCACUGAUGAGUUAUAUAAGCCAGUACUUUACGGCCUGAGCGAAGUCAAAUUUCAUCAAAUUCAAGGGAUUCUUUCAAGAUUUCGUACAAUCAUAUGGCUCACACGCAGUACCGGCGAUGGCUCAUCUUCUCCUCUGUACAGUCUGGUGGAUGGUCUCGCACGAGUUCUCCGUGUUGAAAAUCCGAUGUCGAAGUUUGUCAUAAUUAGUGUGGCGCACAGAACACAGUACUCUGGCGCUCAGAUACAGGCGAUUUCCAAGAUCAUUCAGAGAAGUAUCGAUGCUGAUGUAGAGAAAUACGACUCUGCCUACGAAGAGAAGGAUGGGUUUUUCCAAGUAUGCAGACUAACAAUAGCGGAGGCAGCCACCAAUCAAAUAUACGACCUUUCGUUACCCAAAAUAUCCAAGCAACUAUCGUGGCAAGAGAGUCCACCAUUAAGAUUGGCGAUCGCCUCUCCUGGAAUACUCGAUACGCUUCAAUUCAUCGAGGAUAUCCACUAUUCUGAUACUAUAGCUUUAGAUGAAGUAGAGAUUGAAGUUCGUGCUGUUGGACUCAACUUCAAAGACUGCUUGAUGGCACUUGGCCAGGUUGGGGGAAAGACACUUGGGCUUGAAUGCUCCGGUAUUGUGACGCGGGUAGGGCAAGGUUGCAGCUUAAUGCCCGGAGACAGAGUCUUUAUGUCGACCACUGAAGGCUUCAAAACGUAUGCGAGAAGCAAAAUGCAAUGCGUUUGUAAGAUACCAGACGAUAUGCCUUUCACAGAGGCAGCUGCUUUACCAGUACAGUUCGUCACCGCAUGGACAUCCAUUAAGCUCUUGGGGCGUCUCCAAAAGGGUGAGUCCGUUCUAAUCCAUGCGGGUGCUGGUGGAACUGGCCAAGCCGCAAUACAAUUAGCCCAGUACAUUGGAGCCGAAAUUUUCGUCACUGUUGGAUCAAGUAAGAAGAAGCAACUCUUGAUGAAUGAGUAUGCCAUUGAAGAAAGCCAUAUACUAUAUAGCCGAGAUACAAGCUUCGCAGGUCAAAUCAAGAGGAUGACCGAUGGACGUGGAGUAGACGUCAUUUUGAAUUCGUUGGCCGGAGACAGUCUGUUUGCCUCUUGGGAAUGCCUAGCUCCAUACGGUCGUUUCGUAGAGAUAGGCAAGAAAGAGAUUUUGACAAAUGCAGGCUUGCCUAUGUUUAAGUUCCAUGAUAAUGUCACGUUCUCCGCUUUUGAUGGUUCUAGGUGGAUGAUUGAUCGACCUCAAGAAGCACAGCGAGGUAUGAGGGCGAUAUUGGAAAUGCAUUCCAAAGGGAUCAUUCACGCUGCUCGCCCUCUACACAUUUACAGUAUUUCCGAUACCAAGAAGGCAUUCAGAUUAUUGGCGGAUGGGAAAAGUAGUGGAAAGGCGGUCUUGGAAGUCAAGCCAGAUGCGGCAGUUCCGACAAUUCUUUCUCAGAAACCGCGCUAUUGCUUCGACCACGAUAAGACCUACGUAGUAGCAGGCGGCAUGGGAGGAAUUGGCCGGAGCAUUGCGACAUGGUUGGCAAAUAGAGGGGCUAGAUGGUUGUUACUUCUAUCUCGAUCUGGAGCUCGGUCUCCAGACGCCCUGGAAUUCGUGAAGAAGCUAGAAUCUCGAGGAGUCUUUGUCGCUACCCCAUCUUGCGACAUUAGCAAUAAUGAGGAGCUUAAAAAGGUUUUAGCCGUUUCGACAAAACAAAUGCCACCAAUCAAAGGAUGCAUUCAAGCUUGCAUGGUGCUACAGGAUGAAAUGUUCGAAAAAAUGUCCUACUCUCAGUGGGAAGCAGCUCUAAAACCUAAGGUAGAUGGUUCAUGGAACUUACAUACCCUAUUACCUGAGGCUAUGGAUUUCUUUGUGUUGUUAUCAUCGGUCUCGGGCAUAUGUGGCCAGUCUGGCCAAGCGAAUUACGCAGCUGCAAACACCUACCUCGACGCUCUUUCUCACUAUCGUGUUGCUAAAGGCCAAAAAGCUAUUUCGAUCGAUUUAGGAGUAAUGAUAUCCGACGGAUUUCUAGUCGAAAAUCCGAAGAUUCUUGAGCGCAUGCUAUCGCACGGCUCAAUGCUUCCUAUCACCAGACAUAAUCUCAAUGCUAUACUUGACUAUUAUUGCAAUCCUUCGCUACCUAUUCUGUCUGCGAGAGAAUGUCAGACUGUUGUUGGAAUAAACACUCCCCGGAACAUCCGAAUGAUGGGUCGCGACGAGCCCAGCUGGCUUCAACAACCUAUCUUCAGUGCAUUAGGUCUCCUCCCAGAGACGUAUGGAGCAGUGGAUGCAUUAAGUACCGAUUCCCGUGAUUUUAGAGCAGAGUUUUUAGCUGCCUCGUCUUUGGUGGAUGCAGGUGCCGUCAUAUCCCAAGCUUUGGUCGUGAAACUAGCUCGCAGUCUCUCAAACAUUCCAAGUGAUAUUGAUUUGCGCAUACCGAUCCACAGUCUGGGCGUAGACUCACUUCUUGCUGUCGAACUUCGCACCUGGAUUGCCAGUCAAUUCCAGGCCGAUAUUGCGAUUUUCGAAAUAUCAAGUGGGGCAAGCUUUGCAGGGCUUGGUAUGUCUGUUGCAAGUAAAAGCAGUCGGAGGAAGUCGGAGUGGGUACAGAACAAUUAG